AUGGGACGAUGUCAAAGCACGCCAGGACUCGUGGAGUCACGAGGUCGUAUACCAUUGGAGGAGAUGUGGGUUUCACCGGUGGACACAAAGUCCACUCACGCGUACUCGGCUGGCCACUCGUUGUUCUCCCCCAGCCCGAGUCCCGUGACGUCGCGCGGUUUGCCUAGCACCGGGAACAAUGUCAACGCGAACAACGUUGCGAGGAGCAUGGAUAGUCCGAUGAGUGCCACCAGCAGCGGCCACAGCAGCGAGGAUCAAACCGCCAGGGCACCACAAUCCGCGGCCGCACAGCCCUCCGCCGGCAGACAAUCCACCCACUCUGGCAAGUAUUUCAUCUUGAAACGCCACCGGCUGGAAAUAUACGUCCUCCUUCUGAAUCCUUCGACCCCGAUUCUCUUUCUUAACUCUCUCUCUCUCUCUCUCUCUCUAUUUCGGACCGUCAGAUUGAACGCAUUUUUCCUUCGUGAUUUAAUGGACGUUAAAUCACCAAGGAAUCCUCCUCUUCCGUUGGAAUUGAAGCUUUCCAUGCUUGAUGCGCGGUAUUCGCUGAUUUAUUGGUUCAGCAUGACUCAAUUAGUCGAAGGUGCCACGCCACUUUUAGGCACUAAUGAAGCCUUACUGGCCGAAAUUAAACGUCUUCGCGAACGUUUAAUUUGUUUGGAGUCUGAAAACGCGGCAAUGAGCGCGAAACUAAAUCAAAAACAGUGGGAAGUGGAGAAUCGAUUGGCUGAAAUUGAGAUGCAGAUUUGCGGUGCUAGCUCGUCAUCCAGCUUGGAAGAUAACAAUGAAAGAAAUCGAGAAACAGAUGACAAAGAAGAACCUGAAGGAGCUAGAAUCUCUGGUAGAUCCAGCGACACAAAAUCAAUUGGUAGCCUCAGUCAACAUUUCUUUGAAAGUGACGAGGAUGAGAGAUAUUACGGCACUUGUAAUGGUUAUGCUUCCCAGCCUGGCAGCAAGUCAAAUCUAUUGUUAUGCAGUGAGUGUGAUCAGAAAACUCGUACUUGCACGUACAGACCACAAACCCCUGGCUCCUAUUCUAGUAGAUAUGUUGAGGAACGUUUUGAUGAUCGACUUCAGGAACCAGGAACAUCUCGCACAUAUAAAAGUCCAGUUCAUAUAUCCUCCCCUCGGUCGCUAUAUCAUGAUCAAGAAUAUAGUGGUCAAUCUUCUUCACCUAGGUCGUUCUAUCGUGAUCAAGACUAUCAAAGAAGUUGGUCCAAAAAAUAUGAACAGGAACACGACGGAAGAGACUAUGAAGAUAGAGACUUAAAGCAGGACGAUGACAGUCCUGUCUGUGAAAUCUGUCACGGAAAUGGUCAAAUCGUUCAAUGUGAACAUUGUGAUUUCUCUAGCGAAGGUGAUUUAAUAUGCUUCAGAUGCCAGAGUGACGAAGGUUCAUCCAAUGGUCAGAAUUGUCCUCGUUGUGAAAAAGAUGAGAGAAUAUUAUCCAGUAGAGUAGGAUCACAAAGGGGAACAACAUCAUCCGGUGACGAAGGGAAAUACCCAGUAGAUGCUGUAGUAAAAAUUCAAGUUAAUGACCAUAUGAUUGAUGUAGACUCGGAUGAGACACCUGACAGUGACUUAUCAAGUAGUCAUCACCAUCAAAGGAGUACAAUGGAACGUCUAGAUACUAUUGUUGAGGCAAAGGGAGACACUGCCAGUGAAAAUGACGAGGAAAACGGGGGUACAAAAUUAAAUGGAACUAACAGCGCAAGAUAUCUCAAUUAUAUGAUCGUAUUGUUU